AUGGUCUGCAGGGUCCCCAGCCGAAUUGCUGCAGUACCAGCGCUGAUUGGCAUAGUGGCCAGAAGAAUGAGGGCAGCGUUGAGCUCUGGGCUGGCUCUCUUCUGGUGCUCAGCCACGCGUGAACGAUUCCCCCGGUCUCCCGCUCGCUCUCCCCCCAGCUCUGGGCACGGUGGCCUGGCCCUGGCCCUGCUCCCAGCGGGCAGCUGCAGGGCUCGGCGGGGAUUGCAGAGGGUGUUCAAGCGCUUCGUCGAGAUUGGCAGGGUUGCCUUCAUUUCCUUCGGGCCUCAUGCUGGCAAGCUGGUGGCAAUUGUGGAUGUUAUUGACCAAAACAGGGCACUAGUUGAUGGCCCGUGUAGUGGUGUCAGAAGGCAAGCUAUGCCCUUCAAGUGCAUGCAGCUCACUGACUUUGUUCUCAAGUUCCCACACAGUGCUCGUCAGAAGCAUGUGCGAGUUGCCUGGGAGAAGGAGAAUAUUAAUGAAAAAUGGGCAGCUACAAGAUGGGCGAAGAAGAUUGAAGCCAGAGAAAAGAAAGCCAAAAUGACUGACUUUGAUCGCUACAAGGUCAUGAAAGCAAAGAAAAUGAGAAACAGGAUCAUCAAGCAUGAAAUGAAGAAGCUCCAGAAGCAGGCUUCUAAAAAAGGCAAGAAGUUACAGAAGGCACAGAAAUAGAAUAAACUUCUGGUUAUGUGUUUGA